CAGUGUCAUCUUCGUUUUGUUGUUCUACAAAACAACAGUGAGUGUGUUCCUGGAUCUGAGUUGAUUUUCACUUCUAAAACCUUCGCAGCCAUUUUUACACAAUCAACCAACAUGGCGGCAAGGUUGCUCACUUCCUACAGAGGCAAGCUGUCGGCUGCAGCAGCUCUGGCUCUUGGCGUGGCAGGUCUGAGCUACAUUCGCACCAAGCGAGGCCGAGCCUACAUGGGGGUGCAAACCACCUUCCCCCCGUCAGCCAACUUCCCCGAUCUCCGCCAACACAACAACGUGAUGGCGUCACACCUGACUCCCAACGUCUACGCCAAACUCUGCAACCUUAAGACACCCAACGGGUACACGCUGGACCAGGCCAUACAGACGGGGGUGGACAACCCGGGACAUCCGUUCAUUAAGACGGUGGGAUGCGUGGCCGGUGAUGAGGAGUCUUAUGUGGUGUUCAAGGAGCUGUUUGAUCCCGUGAUCGAUGAGAGGCACAACGGCUACGGGCUUAACGACACCCACCCGACCGACUUGGACGCCUCCAAGAUCCGUGGCGGUAACUUCGAUCCCAAGUACGUGCUGUCGACUCGAGUCCGCACCGGGCGGAGCAUCCGUGGACUGAGCCUGCCGCCGGCGUGCUCGCGGGCUGAACGCCGCAUGGUCGAACAGGUCGUGGCGGAGGCUCUGGACGGCCUGGGCGGCGACUUGAGAGGAAAAUACUUCCCUCUGACCAACAUGACUGAGACAGAGCAGCAGACUUUGAUCGACGACCAUUUCCUGUUCGACAAGCCCGUGUCUCCGCUGCUCACGUGCGCCGGUAUGGCACGGGAUUGGCCCGAUGGUCGUGGUAUCUGGCACAACGACGACAAGACUUUCCUCGUCUGGGUCAACGAGGAGGAUCACACCCGUCUCAUCUCCAUGGAGAAGGGAGGCAACAUGAAGAGCGUCUUCGAGAGGUUCUGCCGAGGCUUGAACGAGGUGGAGAAGCUGAUACAGACCAAAGGAUGGGAGUACAUGUGGAAUGAGCAUCUUGGCUACGUCCUGACCUGCCCCUCCAAUCUGGGAACGGGCAUGAGGGCCGGGGUACACGUCAAACUGCCCAACCUUGGCAAAGAGCCUCGCUUUGACAUGAUCCUGGAGCGUCUUCGACUGCAGAAGCGAGGGACUGGGGGCGUGGACACGGCCUCGGUGGGAGGCGUGUUUGAUAUCUCCAACCUGGACCGACUUGGACAGUCUGAGGUCCAACUCUGCCAGCGAGUCAUCGACGGUGUGGACGCUCUGAUCAAAAUGGAGAAGCAGCUCGAGAGAGGGCGCUCUAUCGAGAGCCUGAUUCCAAAAGCCUAAGAAACAACUUUUGACCAAUCACAGCGCGUCUCACCUGUCGUCUGCUCACCUGUCUUCAAUCAAUUAGCCAAUAUGCUGCAGAGGCGCAGGUUUAUUUAAAGACAAUGGGAUUUAGAAACAAUGUAAAUAUGAUUUUAUAUUACAGAUUUUACUGAAAAUAUCAGAAUUUACGUUAUGCACUAUUCAAAACAAGCUAAAGAAAGCAAAUAAUGAGACAAAUUAUAUUGAAAAACUUUAACAGCUGUAUUAAAAAGUAUAUUGUAUAACUUUCAAACUGAUUCCAUUUUCUCUAAAAGGGGCCUAUUUUACGGUAUAAUUUUUGUAACAUGAACAACAUUCAAUACAUAGUGUUUUAUUCAAAUGUAGAGCAAAAUGUUCGCAAUUUGUACUUGGACUAUCCCGUUUUCAUCCAAAUAUCAUACUGCAAUUUCAAAUGGAUAGUUAAGCACAAAGUUAUUUUCAUGUUACAUACGCUGUACAUUACAAAAUAAUAAACAAUCAAGGUUUGCAAAAUAAACCAGUUUUAUUGCUUC